AUGGUUUAUUUUGAGCUAUUAGUUCUUUAUUUAACCUUUGCAUCGGCUAGCAUUGGUGCCGAUCGAGUAAAACGACAAUUUGAGACCGAAGUUCGGGUGAAAACUUCCAAUAAUGAAUGGACAACGACUUAUCAACAAUCUUUAGAUUCGCUUCUCGAGGGAGGAGUACCUAAAAUUGUUUCCCGAGGGCUCCCAGGUCCCGCGCAAACCCCUGAAUUCCCUUUCCGAGCAUAUGGAUCACCUACUCAAGGAUAUAGUCUUGCUUCUCCUGUACGCUUUGCUCGUCAGGAUGGAGCGCAGGCAUUAUUUGGAUCUACUCAAUCGUCUACUGGCAGCAGUUCAGGGAACAGCUUAGCUGGCUCAUCGUCAAUUGCCCCGUUCCUCAAUUAUUUCUAUCCGGACCCACUCGUCAAAAAUCCGCCCGCGGGAGAGACCAUUGGAGAUCCCCACGAUAACAAAUACUUAUUCGAUUUGACACGUUUUGAUGCUGUGCCUGGUCAAAUCCCUCCACAGAAUCGAGUGCGUAUGCUGAGAAGCCGCGAUCUCCCUUUAAUGGGAGCCAAUCCUCCAAAUUUUCCCAUUCAAUACUUCUACCAAAGAAACGCUCCAUUGAUUUUC